CUCUCCUCCUCCUCCUCCUCCUCACCACCACUCAAGCGCAAGCGCACAACCUCCUCACACCAUACCCCCUUAGAUCCGUUUCCCCUCCCUCACCCUCACCUUUACGACUCAAGAUGUACACUUCUCCCAUGUUCGCCGGACUCAACGGUUCUGCGCCUGCCAAGUUCCCUGUGCAGGCCCCCCUCGAGGGACUCAAGAAGCCCACUGGUGUGGACCUUUAUGCCCGAUUCGCCCUCGCUGGUGCCAUUGGUUGUGCCGUCACCCACGGAGCCAUGACUCCUGUUGAUGUCGUCAAGACCCGUAUCCAGCUGCAACCCGAGAUCUACAACAGGGGUAUGGUCGCUGGUUUCCGCCAGGUCAUCGCAAAGGAGGGUUCCGGUGCCCUCCUGACCGGUUUCGGCCCCACUGCCGCCGGUUACUUCCUGCAGGGAGCCCUCAAGUUCGGAGGAUACGAAUUCUGGAAGAAGACCAUCAUUGACAACCUCGGCUACGAGACUGCCCAGAGGAACCGUGGUAGCGUCUACCUGGUCGCCUCUGCCAUUGCCGAAUUCUUUGCCGACAUUGCCCUCUGCCCUCUGGAGGCCACUCGUAUCCGUCUCGUCUCCGAGCCCACUUUCGCCAACGGUCUUCUCGGUGGUUUCGCCCGAAUUGCAAAGGAGGAGGGUGUCAAGGGCUUCUACUCUGGUUUCGGUCCCAUCCUGUUCAAGCAGAUCCCCUACACCAUGGCCAAGUUCGCCGUCUUCGAGGUAGCCCUCGAGCAGCUCGUCGGCCUCACCGGCAAGCCCAAGGACCAGCUCUCCCCCGGUACCCUCACCAGCCUCAACCUUGGAGGAGGUGUCAUUGCCGGUCUCGCCGCCGCCUUCAUCUCUCAGCCCGCCGACACCCUCCUGUCCAAGAUCAACAAGACCCGUGCCCUCCCCGGAGAGACUACCACCUCGCGUCUCAUGAAGAUCUCCUCGGAACUCGGUGUUAGGGGUCUCUUCGGUGGUAUGACCGCUCGAUUCUUCAUGAUCGGUACCUUGACAGCUGGACAGUUCGGUCUCUAUGGCAGCAUUAAGUCUGCUCUCGGUGCUACCGGUGGAAUUGAGCUGGCCAAGGUCGAAUAGAGGACUAUUGUCUAGCGCCUACCCACCCCUGUCCACUGAACUUCGCUUCACUCCGAAAAAAAUAAUCAGAUCUCC